CGUUUCCUUCCCGAUAUGCCCUUCAAGGGCACAAAACACCGUUUAGAAUUCGCCCCAUGUCGUCACUUCCGUUUGCGGAGAACGGAGGGGAUUUGCGUUACCGAGCGACGGAUAGGAUUGACAGAGAUUAUUUCUGUCCAAACAGCCAUUAAAACAUACACGUCGCGUUUUUGUCAUGGAUUAAAAUUCAAUGGUCUCUUUUCACGUCAGAUCAGCGUUAUACGCGUCACACAGACAUUCAUCAUGACAGACAGUAUUUUAAGCAAAGCUGCCACUAUGGAAAUACCCAUCAACAGCAACGGGGACACCAGGACGGCAGAAGAUGAUAGUCUUGAGCAGAUUGGUGGGAGCUUAGAUGAGAUUGUAGGCAAACUGCCAGUGUCCAUGGACCUGCAGCAGGUGAUGGUGUCUGGACCCAACCUGAAUGAAACCAGCAUUGUGUCUGGAGGCUAUGGGGGAGCAGCAGAAAGCAUCAUACCCACUAGUUCUAUCAAAGGGCCGGCCAUUCGCUUCAACCCGGAGUAUUUUGAAAGAAGAUGUGGCCACGCCCCCAAACCAGACAUCCGCUCCAAGUCAAGGGGCAUCCCACCCAGCCAAUCAGCUGCCAGUCGGAUAGCAAGCCAGCCGGGACAUUAUCCAGCUCCCGGCAUGCACCAUAGCAACAGCAACCCAUCCAUGUUUUCGGAGGAAGCCACAAGAGGAGUAGCUGUCGAGAAAUUUGACAGCAUGAAAAAAUGGAGCAUCAACACUUACAAGUGCACCAAGCAAAUGUUUUCAGAGCGUUUUGGCCGUGGUAUAAAAACAGUGGACCUGGAGCUUGAGGCGCAGAUCGAUGUGCUAAGAGAGACCAAACUAAAGUACGAGUGCAUUCUGAGACUCGCACGAGCGCUCACCAGCCACUUCUACAACAUGGUGCAGACUCAGCAAGCUCUUGGGGAUACGUUUGCUGAUCUUAGCCAGAAAUCCCCAGAACUUCAGGAUGAGUUUGGCUACAAUGCAGAAACACAAAGACUGCUAUGCAAGAAUGGAGAGACGCUCCUUGGUGCCAUCAAUUUCUUUGUUUCCAGUAUUAAUACAUUAGUCAACAAAACUAUGGAGGACACUUUAAUGACCAUCAAGAUGUUUGAGAAUGCAAGACUGGAGUACGAUGCCUACAGGACAGACCUGGAAGAGCUGAGUGUAGGUCCGCGAGACUCCGCAGCCAUCAUGCGUAUCGACGCGGCUCAACAGCAGUACCAGAUCCACAAAGAUAAGUACGAACGCUUGCGGAGUGAUGUCACCAUCAAACUCAAGUUCCUGGAAGAGAAUAAGGUUAAGGUGAUGCACAAACAGCUCUUGCUGUUUCACAAUGCCAUCUCUGCGUAUUUUGCUGGAAACCAGCAGCAGCUGGAACAGACUCUCAGACAGUUCAAUGUGAAGUUGAAGCCACCGGGUUCUGAUAAGCCAUCGUGGCUCGAGGAGCAGUGAUCACGUGUAGAGACACUUGGACAUGGAAGUGGAAACAGGAUGGUUGAGAAGUAAACUGUGUUUAAAUAGGAUGUGUAUGAGUGAGGAUGCACGUACUGUACUGUAAGAGAAAGUGAAGCUUUUAUGUUGCCAAACCCUUAAAAGAUGGCCUGUUUAUUUAAAGCCAAAAUAUCUCCAGGUGAAUAAUAUUGACUUUAUUCACACACAUUAUGGAAAUGAACUGUGGUUAAAAUGUACUGCUGCCUUAAUUUACUUGCAUAUAUCUUGUAUGGGCUGUUCAAAGCAAAACAACUUGGUACAGAUCAGUUUAGCCGUCACUUUCUGUUAAACAUUUGAAGAGCUCAGAUGCUAAACGCUUUUAAGUGCGUCUGACAUGUUUUCUUGUAAAAUAACUUUUUCAGACUCUUAAUAGAUUCUUCGAACAAAACGGCAUUUCUGAGGCUGGGAUUAAGUGGAUAUGAAGCGAAAGUAUUUGAUGAACCUACAUAAUACGUACCGACAACAUUCGGUUAAUAUAAUUAUCUCAUUUUUGACAGAGGUGGUGUUUAGCGGCUUUCGCAUUUGAGCUCCUCAUUUACUUUUCAUUUAUUAUGAGUUGUUAUAUAUUUACAAAAUUGUUUUAUAUCCAGUGAGCACCCCUGGGCCAGGUAAUAUGGAAAGUAAAGAAUGUUGUACUUGUGUGUUUGUUUGUUUGUAAUGUAAGGAUGUGGAGGAGGCUACCGUGGCAAGGUAAAGGAAUGACAAAUGCUCACAGUAUGUUGUAAGAAGGUUAAUAAUAUAUUUAUAUUUAUGUAUGUGAGUCCACCUAUGAAAUUAAAACACAUUUGAAAGUCUCACUGCC